CACCAUCAUCUGCCACCAUGUCCGAGUCCAAGGGCCGUGUUCUUCUCGCGUACUCCGGGGGCCUUGAUACUUCGUGCAUCCUCGCAUGGCUGAUCGAGCAGGGCUAUGAGGUCGUCGCCUUCAUGGCUGAUGUCGGCCAGGAGGAGGACUUUGAGGCUGCCCGCAAAAAGGCCCUCGCCGUUGGCGCGAAGAAGUUCUUCCUUGAGGACCUCAAGCGCGAGUUCGUGACCGAGCUCAUCUACCCCGCGCUCCAGGCGAACUGCAUUUACGAGAAUGUCUACCUGCUCGGUACGUCGCUUGCGCGGCCGGUUAUUGCUCGUGGCAUGAUGGCCAUCGCGGACCGGGAGGGAUGCGACUUCGUCUCGCAUGGCUGCACUGGCAAGGGCAACGACCAGGUCCGCUUCGAGCUCGCGUUCUACGGUCUCAAGCCCGACAUCAAGGUCAUCGCACCUUGGCGCAUUCCUGAAUUCUACCACCGCUUUGCGGGCCGUCAGGCGCUCCUUGCCUACGCCGCCGAGAAGCAGAUCCCCGUCCAGCAGACCGCCGCGAAGCCCUGGUCGACCGACGAGAACCUGUUCCACAUCUCCUACGAGGCCGGCAUCCUCGAGGACCCCGACACCACCCCUCCCGCCGACAUGUGGAAGCUCACCGUCGACCCGCGUCAGGCCCCAGAAACCCCGCAGGCGCUCACGAUCGAGUUCGCAAAGGGUCUGCCCGUGAAGGUGACCGUGCCCGACGAGAACAAGGUGUACACGGACGGCGUCGAGAUCUUCCUCGCGCUGAACGCGCUCGCGCGCAAGCACGGCGUCGGGCGCAUCGACAUCGUCGAGAACCGCUUCAUCGGGGUGAAGAGCCGUGGGUGCUACGAGUCCCCGGGCGCGACGAUCCUACGCGCGGCGCACGUCGACCUCGAGGGCCUCACGCUCGACCGCAACGUGCGCGCGCUCCGCGACCAGUUCGUCACGAUCGAGCUCAGCAAGAUUCUGUACAACGGCCACUGGUUCACGCCCGAGCGCGAGUUCGUCGUCAGCGCGAUCCCCGCGAGCCAGCGUACCGUCAACGGUCUUGUGCGUCUCGAACUCUACAAGGGCAAUGUCAUCAUCAAGGGCCGCUCGUCCAGCGAGGGUCUGUACGACGAGAAGGAGUCCUCCAUGGACGAGCUCGGGGGCUUCGAGCCGACCGACACGACUGGCUUCAUCCAGAUCGAGUCCAUCCGCAUCAAAAAGUGGGCGCAGGCCAACAUCCGCAAGGGCCAGGCCGGCAUCGAGCCCAAGGAUGUCUACGGCAGCCGCGUCUAAGAUCUGAUUGGCGGGGCCUGAGGAGUAAAAGGGGUGGUCGAAUGGAGGCGGAUGUCAAAACUAUAAUGUAUCAUUACCUGCAGCGAUGCCAAUGUGACAAAAAUCGCGAUAUAGAGUGGAUGUACCUGAAUUGCGC